AAACUUACUAACAGAUUACUUGAUUGAUAUCAAACAUUCUAUACUGCGUCAGUCCAGGUGGCCCUAUAUACCCCCAACAACAUAUAUAUUUAUAUAUUUCUGUUCUUGUUUACCUUAUCUGAGUCUUUGCGUUAAGUUUGAACAUUGGCCAUGUGUGUGUCAAAUGUGAGGUUGGCAGCUGAUGCGUACUUAGUGUGUCUUCAUCAUGCUCUCACAACAGAGAAGGAGGAAGUAUUGGGACUUUUAGUUGGAGAGUUUAGUGAGGGUACAGAAGUUGUGUGUGACAUUCAUUCAGCUGUCACCCUUAGGAGAUCUGACAAGCGAAAGGACAGGGUAGAAAUUUCUCCAGAGAUGCUUAUUGAGGCCCAGCAGAGAGCAGAACAGAUGUCAGCAUCAAGUGGCCAAGAGCUACAUAUAGUUGGAUGGUAUCACUCUCAUCCUCACAUUACAGUGUGGCCUUCUGAUAUUGAUUUACAGACACAAGCAGGGUACCAGCAGAUGGACAGUCGGUUUAUUGGACUAAUUUUCUCUGUAUACAAUGAAGACAAGAAAACAAAGGUUGGUAGUCAUCAGGUGACUUGUUUCCAAGCAACUAAUCAAAGUCCAGAGGGAGAAGCUCCUCAGUACGUUCGUUUGGCUGUUCCUCUGGAGAUUCGUCUAACACCUUCACUUGCAAUUAACAAUCAGCAGGCCUUAGAGAAUCUCUGUUCUACACUCUACGAUGAGCAGAGUGAAGUACUACAAUUAUCUCGGCAGCGGGCCAACCAGUAUCCCCUCGCACAUCUACACAAUUCUGCUGUAAUGGUACGGAGUGUAUGUGGUCUGAGCAGUCUAGUAUCAGGUCCUCUAGUGUCGACUGUGGAAGAGCGCUUACAUCACAUCCAAGGAACCACACAACAGUUAAAACAAGAAUCAAAGUACCUCAGAAACCUUCUCCAAGAAAAUAAAAUUGAUGUUCCGACUUAAUGCUCAACACGUAUAUGCUAUUGUCUGAUAAUUUUAUAGGUAUACUUGUGACAUUCAUGUGCCUUUUCAUUUACAUUUCAAUGUUUUAGUUUUUAUUAAUGACAGCCUUAUACAUCUGAAAGCUUAAUUCUUCUGUGUUGCUUUAAAUAAAAAAAAUUUAUGCAGGAAGUUUGACAUGACACUCAAUAGUAUAUCAAAGGCAAUUCUAUGAAUAAUUAUCGGCAAAGAAUUAUGUAAAUAGUAGUUAUAGUAUAGUAUAGUACAUACUUAAUAGAACUGUAUGACAAAACAUGAUAUAAAAUAUAGAACAUGG